CGCCGCCACCAAUCUCCAGAGAGCGAAGCGGCGGCUGCGGCGAGGGCGCGAGGACGAGGAGGAAGGCGGCGGGGCCGGCGGCGAGAGGAGGAGAGAUGCUCAAGUUCCUUUCCAAGGUGGUGGUGGAGUACUGCCCGCUGGACCCGCGGAAGGCGGCGGCGGUGGAGCUCCUGGCGCAGUGCAACGGCCGCAAGGCCAAGGACUCCAACCCGGCCUGCUCCGUCGAGCUCCGCCGCCUCCCCGCCCCGCCCCCUACCGAGGACCCCAAGUCGCGGCCACCUCUCCCGCCGCCGCGGGUCCUCGUGACAUACCUCAACGGCGCCGAAGAGGCCAUCGUCGCCGCGGAGGGCGCCACCGCGCAGGGCAUCCGGGACCAGAUCCUCGCCAGGGGGCGGCUCAUCGACACCGAGCAGAUGUUCCGCGACGGCGGGGAGAAGUGGCCCGUCGUCAUCCCCGAGGAGGAGCUCGGGAUGUCGUUCCCUGGCAUCAAGCCAAAGAAAGCUGAGGACAAGCCCCAGGCCUAAUCUCCAUGUCAGGUUUCUCUUUGAUGUUCAUUGUUAACUGAGGGCAUUUGUACACCCACAAACAUUUCCCAAUCAUUUCAUGGGAAAAAUUCUCUCCUCGGUCCAAGUUGGGAACAUUUCCAGGUGGUUGUUGUCUGGUGGUUCAAGUUUGUUUGGUUCAUCCACUCUGGAUUUGUACUAAUAUAAUACCAAUUUAGCUCAUGCCGUUGCAAUGUGCAUGCUGUGAACGAAUUUCUUUAGAAUAAGCAGCUAUCGUAGUCUUGAUGUAGUGUGUUCUGCUCCAUGGUCAAUUUCUCAGCUAUAUGUUACAGUGGAAUGUCUUUGAAGUUUGAGGGGAUCAAUAAA